AUAAAUUAAAAGAAUAAAAAAAUUUAAAAGUAAAUGAAUUAAUUUGAUAUAUUUGGCAGUUAAGUUUCUGUUAGAUUUAAAGGAUCUUAAAUUUAUAAAACUAAGUUUGGGGCUUUUGUUUCAGCUCUCAUAUUUGCUGUGAUUUUGCUUAGACUAGGAAUAUUAGUGCACUCUGUAGUUCAAGGAAGGAAUCCUACAGUACUCUUUCAAGAAAGACCUGUGUAAGAUCCAAGAAAGUUUAGUAUUACUCCCGAUACUCUUUCUCUUGCUAUAGGACUCUAAGAUACACAUUUUAACUACUAUGCUGACAAUAGCUUAUUCACAAUAUAAGGAGUACAUAAGAUUAAAAAAACUGUUUACAAUAGUACAACAGGUCAAUAUGAUCAAAUUUACACAUCAAACAAAUUUAACUUAGUUAAUUGUACAGAUGAUAAUGUUCCUGACCCUCAAUUAAGAGAUUUUUUCCUCAAAUCUUAACUCUACUAGCAUUAAUGUAUUCCUAAAGAUUUGAUUGUAGGGAUCGAAGGAUAGUUCAACUCUGAUUUUUACUAAGAGCUAAAUUUCUAUUUCUAUAAAUGUAAAGGACAGGGUUGCAAAAGCGACAAAGAAAUCAAUACCCUUUUGAAUAAUAACUAUGUUGAACUACUGUUUACAGAUGUUAACUUUGCUCCAGAAAAUAAAGAAAAUCCAUUUUAAAAAUUCUCUAGAGAUCUUUAUUGGAUUAAUAGUUAGAAUCUCCCAAGAAAUGUUAAUGUUUAUAUGAGAAACAAUUAUGUAGAAAGUGAUUUUGGAUGGGUGACUCCUGAUGUCGAAACAUAAAUAUAUCCUUCUUUUAGUUAUGUUGAUAACCAGAUUGCUGAUUCCUCUAUUGGUUUUUUCUUUCACUUAGUUAUAAGGUUUGAAAAAGAAAAAGAAAACUUAUACAAAAGAACUUAUGAUAAUUUAUUUACAAUUAUGUCAUAGAUUGGUGGUUUUUCUUAGAUCUUGCUCACAGUAUUUUCAUUUAUUUGCUUGAAGUACUCAUAAAUUCACUUAGGCAGAUCUUUGAUUAACUAAUCUUUUGAUUUUUAAGAUAUCUCAAAAGAACCUAAUUAGGGUACAUUGAUUUCUAAUCCAACAUAAUAAUAGAAUAAUACUGAGAUGGCAGAAAAUUAGGUUUAUUAAAAUUAAAAUAACAAUAAACUAUUUAACUAAUCUCCCCCUAUGAAAGAAAGCUCAUUUUAACUGCAAACCAGUUAGAAAACUCCAGAUUAAUUAUAUUAAUCUAAAGAAGAUAAAAUUUCUCUGGUUUAAUAAGCACAGAUUAAUCCAUUAGAUGAUACAUAAUAAUAACAAUAAAUAAAUCAAAGAAAUAAUUAAAACAUAGGUAAAUAAUUAGCAGACGAUGUUAUUAUGAAAGAUUAUUAAAAAUAGCAAGAAGUGCAAUAAAAUAGAUAAAGUUUGCAUUUUAAUGUUUUUUUUUAUAUGCUAUCAUUUAUAACUACGAUUUUUAAAAGAUUUAGAAAUAAAAAAUAGGUAAUUGAUUAUGGAUUCAAAGAAAUAAGUAAUAACUUAGACAUUGAAUAUAUUGUCAAAAAGUUCAUAGAAGUAGAUAAACUAAAGAGAAUUAUACUAAGUAACGAUUAGCUGACUUUAUUUAACUACAUCCCUAGACCAUAAAUACUUUAUAAAGAAGACAAAACGCAAGGAGUUAUAAUAGAAAAAAAUUCUUUUUUUAAUAAUGAUGAUAACCUCAGUGAUAUCGACAAAUUUAAAAAGGCUAAGUAAUGCUUUAAAAAUAUUGCUGAAAAGUAAAAGCCUACUAAAAUUGAUAUAAGCAUCCUAAAUCUGCUUGACGAUAAAUAAUAUGAAAUAUUAUCUAGUAAAUUAGAUAAGAAAUAAUUCUUAUAGAGAUAGCAAUCAAUUUUAAAAGAAUUAUAAGCCAUGCAACCUGUUUCACCAUCUUAUAAUUUAUCAUAAGGUAUGACUACAAAAUUUGCAUUAAAACACCCAAAUUCAGAAGAAGGAGUAUGUGAUAGUAUAGAAGAUUGUUUUGAUUCAGGCAAAAUAAAAAAAUACUCUACAUUUAAAAAGGUAAGAAAUCCAAGCAUGUAUUCUACAAUUUCAGACUAAGAAAAAAUUGUCAAUUACUCCUAAAAAGAUUCAAUUGAUGAAAAAUACUGA